UUCUUGUUCAUUUGUGAUCACAUCGACCCUUACCGUCAUGACGAGCAACGCGAUUCACGACUACGCCAUCGGGCAUCGAUAUCUCCAUUCAAAGACUCGAUAUCCCUUAACCUUGAGAUACAUCGGACCACUACCUCCACCUGUUGGUCCUGCCGAGGUACACUUCUCGACCGGCUCAUCUGGCUCGACCGAUACACUCUGGCUUGGCGUGGAAUACGAUGAUCCGGCUCAUGGUAAAGGCCAUUCGGGGACUUACAAGGGUAUUCAAGUCUUCAAAUGUCGUUCAGACGGAUCAGGAGCCUUUAUCAAGCUGAGCUCCGGGGUUCUGAUACGUGGCCAGACUUUGGUUCAAGCGUUCGAGGAGCGAUACGGUGGAAUCGCGAUUGAUUCCCACGAGGCUGAGAGCUAUGAGACGCCGGAGAGAUCUAUCAAACUUGGUACUUCGGGUAUCACGGUCGAAGCUCCUGGAAUGCAACAUGUCAAGAGGAAAUUCGGCCAGCUAGAGAAAUUGAAAGAGGUCGGACUGGAGGGCGAGUGGACAGACACUUUAGGCGGUACAGAGCAGCAGAGAAGGACGAUGAAGGAGAGGCUAAAAGGUGUACGUUUGUUGAAUCUCGGAUCAAAUUUGUUGUGUUCGUGGGAUCAAGUCGGCGAGAUCAUAUCUGUGUUCACGGGUCUAUCUACGUUGAUUCUCAAUCAUUCUCGGAUAUCAAGCGGCGAGAUUGACACCGUCACAAGCUCCGACAUCUUAGGCGAGUUGUACCUCGGCGACGCAGGUAUAUCAUGGCAUGAGGCAUGCGAUAUUGCUCGGCUGUUCCCCCAUCUAUCAGCCCUUCACCUCAACGACAAUCCGCUCAUCUCCACGCUCGAUAGAUGCCUCAACGCCCGGAUCAAGUCGCUGAGCCUGGCAGGGUGUCCACUAACCAACUGGGAAGAGAUCCAUCGGGCUUUGAGCGGUUCCUUAUCACUCGAAUCGCUUGACCUGUCCAGAGUGCCUAUCUCCAGUAUCCCGCCUUCCCCGCACCCCACAGGCUUUGCAUCGCUCAAUACGUUGCUUCUGUCCGAGACAAGCCUCUGUGAUUGGACGGAUAUCGACCACCUCGCGGUUCGUCUUCCUCAGCUCACAACUCUGCGCAUCUCAUCCGCCCAGUCAACUGAGCAAGAAGUGUGGGAGGACAGUCCAGCACAGCCGCCUCUGUCGAGUCAAUUGUCCGGGAAUGACCUCCAGGAUCGACCUUUCCUCAUUGCCAAGAUUGAGUCCUUGUCCGUCCUCAACGGUAGUCAGAUCACAUCGGACGAAAGGCGAGAUGCCGAGAUGCACUAUGUCAAGCAGGUCACAGCGUUGAUUGUCGAUCAUCCGGAACAAGCUGUUUCCUGGGGUCGUUACUCUGCCCUGAGAGCCAAGCAUGGUAUGCAGGACGUCCACGAGUUGGUACCUAAAGCACGAAUCAACGACCUCAGAUCCAAGAUGAUUGCUCUGACAAUCGUGCAUGCCAAACGAGAUCCUUUCACUAUCUCUGUCCUUCCCUCCUCUUCCACAGUCUCUCUCAAACGGAAGAUUGCGAAACGAAUGGACCGAGAUGCAAACAGUCUUCAUCUAUGGACACUUGCACCUCCAGUCGAGGAUGAUCCGUUGAACACGCUAGUCAAAGGUCAAGAGGUCCACGAUGGUCGGAGUGUAGAAUGGUGGUUCAGUCAUGAUGACAGGGUACUGUGGACUGGCGGUGGUGUCCAUCGGACGGUGAGGUCGUAGAGCGGACAGAUCUGAUCGUCAUAUAUAUUUAUUUAUUAUUGAAACGGGACCGUCCCGUGUCCAUUCCGGUCCAUAAUCUAUCACUUCAUCGCAUUUGCCCGAGCCCCUGCUGCUACCAUUCACACGUCGUAAUGCACUCGUCCAAACAAUCGCUGAAACUAUUAGAGUGUGGCCAAGGGCUCUGAGUGCUUCCCGUGCCAAAUUGAGGUUCUCCCUUCUGCCUCCUCUGCCUCGACGCGACCAACACUUUUUGGGAACACGGGAAGCGAUUUAUGAUUUUUUUGGGAAAAAAACAACAACACACAACACGGAAGCGCGAGGAGGAUGAAGGAUGAAGGAGGGAGGGUGGGUGAGACACUGGUUAAGAUUCAUUUUCGACCCCAAACCACCUUCCCGUCU